UGUCUAGCUAGCUAGUUAGCCACAUUUGAUGCUCGAAAGGAAUUUUUCGCCUUUUUAUUUAAUUUUGUCAUCACAUAAUGCAGUUUCUUUCUGGUGUUUGUUUUGUGGCGUUCAGACUGUCACAAAAUAACUUGGAUCAAACGCAUGAGUAGGAUUUCCUUUUCAGUCUCCCAUUCCAGAUGAUGGCACCUACAAAGAUGAAAUUGCGGAUGAGAAAAAAGGAUGGUCCAGGCAAGGCAUCACAGACUGUGUCGGCAGAAGCCUCUCCUGACUCAAAAUGCCCCAUCUGCCUGGACCGGUUCAACAAUAUGGCGUACUUGGAUCACUGUCUGCACAAGUUCUGCUUCCGGUGCAUCCACGAGUGGUCCAAGAACAAAGCAGAGUGCCCACUAUGCAAGCAACCUUUCAACUCUAUCUUUCACACCGUAAAGGCAGAGAAUGACUUUAAGGAGUUUGUCCUGAGGCCUACUGAGAACGGCUCCUUCAGCAGCCCUGGGGCCCACAGGCUUAGGUACGGCGCCACGCAAACGAGGGAGCGGAGGCAGUCCCCGAGGAGAACGUCGCCUCCUCCGGACAACGGGGUCAUAUUCGAGGGCCUCUCUGGCUCCACCCCCCUGCAGCAGGACAGGGGAGUCCACCGCAUGAUGAUGAGGCUGGCGGCGCGGAGGCGGGCCCAAAGCAAGGGCAGGACGGUGCGCCACCUGCGGGAGCAGGAGAUGGUGACGUUCCGCCGGGCGCUGUACCGCACCGGGGUGAGGGUGCGCAGCGUGCGCGACGGCGGCCGCCACCGGGACAUCUCGGCCGCCUUCUUCCAGCGGAACCCGGCCUGCCUCCACCGGCUGCUGCCCUGGCUGAAGCGGGAGCUGACGGUGCUCUACGGCACCCACGGCUCGCUGGUCAAUAUCGUGCAGCACAUCAUCAUGUCCCGCAUCACCCGCUAUGACAUGGAGGACCAGGCCAUUCAGGACGAGCUGCGGCCCUUCCUGCUCACCCGCACCGACCACUUCCUGCACGAGUUCAUCAGCUUCGCCCGCUCGCCGUUCAACAUGGAGGCCUACGACCAGCACGCCAUCUACGACUGCCCCGCACCCUCCUACGAGGAAGGCAGCAGCUCCGACUCCUCGGUCAUUGCCAUAUCGGAGGACGAGGGGGGCUCCGUGGAGCGGGACCAGCGGCCCGUCUCCGUGGCGGGCAGCGCCCUGAGCCAGGCGCCGUGGGACGACGAGACGCCCGGGCCGUCGUAUUCCACCACAGAGCAGCCGCGGUCGCCCUCGCUGUCGGUCAGCGAGUCGGAGUCCGAGAGCAGCCGGGAGGGGGCGGGGCAGCCGGAGGCCGCGCCGCAGGAGGGUGCCCAGGUGAAGGCCGACCCGGCCGUGAACGAGGACGGGGGCGCUUCUUCCUUCGCAGAGGAGGAGGAAGAGGACUGCGUCAUCGUGGGCUACGUGAAGCCCAUGGCCGAGCGGACGCCAGAGCUGGUACAGCUCUCCUCCGAUUCCGAGGAGUCUGUCCACGACGCAAACGAGAACCCGGAGGUCCCUCAGCAGCCCCAGCACAUCCGCUUUCCCAGCCUCAGCCCCCCGUCCUCCGCCUGCUCCUCCGCAUCCAAGCGCAAGUCUCCACAAAGGGAAGCCCUGUCUGCCGGGAGCUUCCAGCAGGCAGACAAAGACCUCCCCUCUUUGGAAGCGAGGGAAAGACACUCCGCUUCACACAAAGGCAACUCUCCUGCAGACAGAGGCGGGACCUCCGGAGUGACGGACAGAAGCGGCAAGUAUCACACGGGCGGCAGCCGCUCUCACAACAAGGACGAGCGGAGACACCACAGAGGCUCCAGAGAAAGGUCGAGGUCCAGAAGCAGAGACCGGUCCCGUAAGAGCGGCAGCAGGUGGUCGAGGAGCACGGAGCGGAGCUGGUCGGCGAGAAGCCCCACUAUCUCAGUGCACAGCGACAGCACGCUCUCCAGAGGGAGGAGGCAUUCGAGGUCGCGCAGCGGGGAGCGUCCGCCCUCGAAAGACAGGGCGCGGGACAAGAGGCGGGAGAGGGACGGUGGCCGCCGCAGACACGGCCGCGAGAGGUCGUCGUACAAGUACCACUGGGACUCCUACAGCCGGGAGAAGGAGAGCAGCGAUCCCCUGUAUGUGCCCAGCCGGUCUUACUGCUCCAGCUUAUACACGAGCCCAGAAUACGAUUCGCGGUCGCGAAGCCGCAGCCCACAGGACCCCCGGGACCCCCGGGACCUGCCCCACUUGGAGAGGAGGCGAUCCAGUAGCCUCUCGGGCGCCAGCUCCCAGGGCUCCCACGCCGCCCGCCGCAGAUCCCGCCACGAGAAGCCCAGCGGGAAGCGGAAGUACAAGACCCGCCACCUGGAGGGGUCCUCCAAAGAGCGGCCUUCCAGAGCACCCGCGCUGCCGCCCUCUCCCCCCUCCUCCGGCCUCAGGGAGAGGGGCGCCGGCGAGAGGCACCACAGGCGGUCCCGGAGGAAGAGCCGGAGCCCCAGCGUGGAGAUCAUCUUCGAGGGCAGGGCCACGGCGGAGACCCGGCGGCACCACAAGAAGAAGAAAAAGCACAGGAAGAGGAGCAGGAGGCACAAAAGCAGGGAGCGGGCGGAGUGCCGCUCGCCCACCGUCAUCACCAUCGACAGCGACACCGACCACACCGUGGACAUCACCGACCCGGCCGUGGACGUUGGCGACCGCGCGGGCCUCGUCAGCGGCAAGAAUGAGGUCUCCACCACCACCGGGCACCCCUCCGACGCGCACCUGCUGGAGUCUAUCCUGCAGGAUCUGGAGGAGCACAUUCUGCCUGUUGAUCAGGACAGCGCUGCGGGUGCUUCACACACUGACGCGGCUUCUUCACAAGUGGCAUUCGACAUUGAUAAAUGCAACACACCACACAGUGAAAACAAACAUUCCUCUGUGUCCUCAGAUGAUGAGACAAGUACUGGCAGCCCGUUAAUAACAAUCGAAAGCCAAUUCAUUGAACAGACGAGUUUGGAAGAUGCCCCUGACAUCAGUGCGGUCGGUCGCACAGACUGAAACUCAGAAAGACUGUACUUCUCUUUACACAUCCUUAAAUUAGGGAACAAAA